GGUGUGUUAGUCACGAAAUCUGUCCAGUUACACAGGCAUGGGGCAAAGAAGGGCGCCGGGGUCCGGCGCUGCCGACAGGGCCAGAAAGCCUAACAACGGAACACGGGCGCUGCUGGCCGGGCCCGAAGACUCCGCUUGAGGCGAGUCGACUACUCCAGAUGAAUAAGCCAUCUUUCACCUUUUUUGCUGGAAUGUCUCAUCCCUGAAUAUUCUCCCCACCUCUAUCCCCUUUCCCAUUUGCAUUAUCUGGAUUCCAUCACAAGUAAGAAAAGAUGGGGAAUAAACAAACAAAUUGCCGCCCGAACUACUGUUCGCGGUUUCUACCUGAAGAACAAGCUGAGAUUGAUGGAUUAUUUGCCGCCAUAGCAGGAGGUUUGGAGACAGUAUCCUGUGAAAGGAAUAGAAAAUGUUUUCCAGUCCCUAUUUCUCUGGAAAUGUUACAGGCUUACCUUGGAGAUGCCAUACCCCAGAAAAUGAUAUGUAGAAUCUAUGACGGCAUGAGACAUAUUGACCCGAAUGGGGUUAACCCAGUUCCUAGUGAAUACGUCAUCAGAGACCAGUUUUCAAUUUUCAUGUCAGAGAUAUUAAAAGGAAAUGCAGGAGAGAAGAGCAGGAUGAUCAUGAAGAUGCUCCUUGUACCUUGCUCAAGUGUGAGAGCAGGUCAUAUCCAAGAGUUUACAGAGGAUCUGAUUACCUCUGUAGUACAUGUACUGUACUACAGAAAUGAACUGAAAGGUUGGAAUAUGAAGAGAUGUCAAGAUUUUACCGCCGGUGUAAGGCCAUUGGCUUCCCAGCUGCUCUCAUCACUGAAACAAGAAUUGAACCCACCACAGCAGAAGACCUAUUGGGAUUGUGGUAGUAGAAGGAAUUGGACAUGUCCUGGAGAAUGUAGCCCACCAAUCCCAGAUAAAACCUGUGAUUGCAGUUUGCUUGAAGACUGGCUGCUGAAAGUGCCCCAGAUCUCCACAUUUUUAAAUGUCAUCAUCAGGCGAGGAUUUCUUGUUUUGAAUUCUUACUCGGAGAUUGCUGGUUUCAUCCCAGAGUGUAAAGAUGCUAGAGACUUCAUGAGCCUUCUUAACAUUCCUGCCAUUAUUUACAUCAACUCUUACCUGCCUUCAUGUCUACAGCACACAUGGAGACUGAUUUUUUCUUCUCAGAUUCAUGGCUACAGCUUUGCAAAAUUUUGUGGGAAUAUUAUAGAUAGAGGUCCCUGCAUAAUAGUGAUAAGAGACAGGGAUGGCUAUAUAUUUGGUGGCUUUGCAUCUCAUUCCUGGACAGUCAAGAGCCAUUUUCAAGGGGACUGUAGAUCCUUCCUGUUUACCAUUUUCCCCAACAUAGCAGUAUACACAUACAGUGGAUAUAAUGAUCAUUAUAUGUACUUGAAUUUUGGACAGCAAACUAUGCCAAAUGGAUUGGGCAUGGGAGGUCAAUUGGAUUACUUUGGACUUUGGAUUGAUUGUGAUUUUGGAAAAGGACACAGCAAAGCAAAUCCUAGAUGUUCUACGUAUAACAGCCCUCAACUGUCAUGCAGGGAAAACUUUGAGAUAGAUUGUCUAGAGGUAUGGGCAGUUGGAGAUUUCCAAUGUUGUGAGAAGUCAUCCUGUAAGAAGAAUGUCUUAGAUAAUGAAAAAGAGGUGCACUGCUUAUUAGAAAUGAUUGGGAAAUGUCGUCAUAGUGAAGGAGUUCGAAAUCCAUGUGACGAUGAAGAUGAUGAUUGAUAAGGUGCCAUCCUCAGCUCUGUUCGCCUAACAACGGGAUCUGAUCAUGCUGGGACUAAAUUUUGAAUCCCACUCUAGCUUAAUUUCAAUAUGUAAUGAAAAUCUUCCCCUUGGUGCCAUAUCUAGAGUCAGAUAAGUAUCUGGAAUUGGGAAAAAAGGUUGUUGGCUGGAUGAGUAAAAACAGUACUCUUUGUGUUUCUUCUCUAUAGCCUAUGGUUAUUUCAGAAGUUUCUAAUAGAGAUCUUAAUUAUUCAAGCAAUUGGGGAAAGUUCUCUCAUAGAUAAGCUAUGCUUAAAUAAUAAGUAUAAAAAGAAUAUUUUAAAUGCUAAGAUUUUGAUCAUUUCAACUGAAAGUAUUUGCCAUCAUUCCAAGCUUUGAAACUUCGGAUCAGUGUUGCAAGCACAGUUUGCAUUUCUAGAGUAUCUUUAUUCAGGGAUAUUAUCAAGGUGGUUGAUGUUAUUAACAAGAUUAUUCUAGAAGAGUCUUCAGCCCAUGAACCUAAACCCUCAUUACACAGAGACUCAUAGAAUAACAGGGCCUGAGGGGCCUUAAAGUUCAGUCUUUGGUUUCUUUCACAGUAAUACACAGGAGGCAUAUUUAAUAAAUCCUUCUUAUUUUAAUGUCUUUUUCAUUUUCCAGAUGGAAAAACUGAGACUUAGAGAAAGGAAAGGCCAAUCAGGCAAAAUACUCUAUUGUAAUAAACUGGGAUAGACUCAGAUGUGGAGCAGUCUGGUACCUUGCUGCAAUGUGACUCACAAUGAUGUGAAAUUUGCCCUGUUGCAGAAGAUCUGUUUGUGUUUAGCUAAUCCAUUAAAGUACUAGAAGUACCAGCAGAACUUCCCUAAAGUUGGGCUCAAGCAUCACUUACAGAUCCUAAGAUAUAGUUUUGUACAGAUGUCUCCCUUUCACCUACUGAAAUGAAAAGAUAUUUGAGGGUCAAAGGUUAUAAAUAGGCAGUUUUCAGAGGGAAAAAAAUGCAAGCUAUCACUUAGCCAUAUGAAAGAAUGCUCUAAAUCACUAAUAAUUAGAGAAAUACUCAUUAAAACAACUCUAAAACUCCAUUUCACACCCAGAUUUACAAAGCUGGGGAGAAAAGGAAAAUGAAAUGCUGGAGAGGCUAUAGGAAAACUUGUACAAAUAAACCAACCCUUUGAUUUAACAAUACUGCUAUUAGAUCUGUAGCCCAAAGAGGAAAAGAAUCCAUUUGUACAGAAACAGUGGUAGUUGGUUUUUUUGUUUGUUUGUUUUUGUGGUGGUGGAAAAUGAGAGGGUAUUCAUUAAUUGGGGAAUGAAACGAAUUAUAGUAUAUGAAUGUACUAUUGUGUUGUAAGAAAUGAUGAACCGGGAUGGUUUCAAAAGAAAUCUGAGAAGACUUGAUGUGCAGAGUGAAGUGAGAAGAAUCAGAAGAAUGAUUUAUAUAAUAACCAUAUUGUGAAAGAAAUUCAAAUCAGUGUCAUGAUCAACAAUAAAUCAGUGGAUUUAAGAAUUCAAAUUAAUUUUUUUGGGGGGGACAUGACUAAUGCUAGAAUUUGUUUUGCGUAACUAUACACAUUUGUAAUGGUCUUUGUUCUCACUUUCUCAAGGUGGGUGGUGGGAUGAAGAAUUUGGAGUUGAAAAUAAAAUUGAAUUAAAAAAAAAA